AUGGGUGAUAUUGAUGGAUGGGCACACAUUGAUGAAGAUUUGUUGCUAGAAAUUUCAACACGGUUUUUUUCAUACGAUGAUUAUAUCCAACUUGGAUUGGUUUGCAAAGAAUGGAGGUUGAAACUUCCAAAGAUUCCCAAUGCCAACAAUGUUCCGUGGCUGCUAAUACCUGAAGAAACAGAGAAGAAUUCUUAUGAAGACGAGGAGAUCUAUCAUCUCAUGCAAUUACCUGUUGCAGGUCAAGAAAUUCUUGAUACUCACGGCCUUAAAGAGCGGGGAAUCUACCAUGUCAUGCUGCCAAACAUGCAGAUGCAGAACUAUGUCAUCCGUGGUUCUUCUCAUGGAUGGUUAAUUAUGGUAUCCUUAUCUGAAGGUACCGUGCUACUGUUAAAUCCAUUUACAAAUGUUGAGUUUGGUCUUCCUCACAUCUCAACUUUUCCUAAUGUAAUUAAGUACGAGCCUGAUAAUCAUGGAGAUGAAUACACUCUGUUGGAUUUUCCAGACGAAAGUUACACCUUAGAUCGAGAUUCCACGCAUAAAAUUCAACUUUGGAAGGUUGUUAUAAAUUCACCUCCUGACUGCAACAAUCAUAAUUUUAUGGCGGCUGCCAUAUAUGAAUUUCAAUGUCGAUUAGCCUUUUACAAGCCUAAUGAUAUGAGAUGGGUAGAGUUUCCAACUAGAGAUACCGAGUUUGAAGAUGUUAUAUUUUUUGGAGAGAAGAUAUAUGCAGUAAACCGUGAUGGCCAGUUAUAUGAAUUUGAUACAAAGACAAAAUCAGGGCGGCUUGAGGGAGGAAUCCAUGAAGUCAGACCUCCAUCUCGACUUGACACAAGCUCUUUAACGAUUAAAUAUCUGAUUGGAUGUGCCAAUGGAAGUUUGUUAAUGUUGGUAAGACAUUUUCGCAUUCCUUUGGAUAGAAGAGACAGCGAAUGUUAUGAAACUUACAAAUUCGACAUCUAUGAACUGAAAAAAAAUGGAAAAAAAUGGUCAAGAGUUUAUAAUUUGGGUGAUUACAUACUAAUGAUCGGAUUUACUUCUUCUGUUCAAAUACCGGCAUCUUAUCCAAAGACAGGAAAUCAGAUAUUCUUCUCCGAUAACAUGAUAGAGAUAAAAUCACGUGACUAUGCUCUUGCUCAAGAUCUUGGCGUCUUUAGUUUGGAAAACAGACGUUUUUAUAGACUAUUGUUAGAUGUGAAGUUUUUUUGUCCUCCCCUUUGGUUGCUACCCUAA